UCGAUAAUUGUGGGUGUUUGGUAUUUUGCGUUAAGUGUUAAGUUUUUAAAUUGCAGUCACACUACGGCUUUAAUUUUAGACAUUUGAAGGCGCAUUUAAGUUUUUUUUAAAAGUGAGUUUUCCCUGCUAUUUGCUGACCAUGGAGCGUUAUUUGGUAAGCUCUUUGGUGGGCCAGGGGUCAUUCGGCUGUGUGUACAAAGCACAGCGACGCAUUGAUGACAAAGUGGUGGCUAUCAAAGUCAUAUCCAAGCGAGGUCGUUCCAAUCGUGAGCUUAAGAAUCUGCGUCGCGAAUGUGACAUCCAGGCGCGCCUCAAGCAUCCCCAUGUCAUUGAAAUGGUUGAGUCGUUCGAAUCCAAAUUCGAUUUGUUUGUGGUCACGGAGUUUGCGCUGAUGGAUUUGCAUCGAUACUUGUCAUUCAAUGGUGCCAUGCCCGAGGAUCAUGCACAGCGUGUUGUUUGUCAUUUGGUGUCGGCACUCUAUUAUCUCCACUCGAAUCGCAUCCUGCAUCGGGACUUAAAGCCUCAGAAUGUGCUUCUGGACAAAAAUAUGCACGCCAAGCUAUGUGACUUUGGCCUGGCGCGCAACAUGACGAUGGGCACACAUGUCCUCACUUCCAUAAAAGGCACUCCGCUCUAUAUGGCACCAGAGUUACUGGCCGAGCAGCCAUACGACCAUCAGGCAGAUAUAUGGUCGUUGGGUUGCAUUGCAUAUGAGAGCAUGUCGGGGCAGCCGCCGUUUUGUGCCACCUCCAUACUGCAUCUUGUGAAGCUGAUCAAGCACGAAGACGUCAAAUGGCCCAGCACGCUCAGCAGUGAAUGCCGCUCAUUUCUACAAGGCUUGCUCGAAAAGGAUCCGAGCAUGCGCAUCUCCUGGACGCAGCUGCUCUGUCAUCCUUUUGUCGAGGGCAAGCUUUACAUACCCGAGGUGCAAGCAGCACAAAGUUCGCCCUUUAUAAAUCCCCAAUUGGCCAAAGACACCAAGGUUUUGCAGCAAUCUCGACACGUAGGCGUCGAUUUGGGUGAGGUAUUGGCAGCUCUUAAGUUGAGCGAUGUGGCCAAUGAAAACCUGAGCACAUCGCGCGACAGCAUCAAUGCCAUAGCACCGAGCGACAUUGAGCAAUUGGAAACAGAUAUCGAGGAUAAUGUGCAGCGGGUAAUUGUGCCAUUUGCAGAGGUUUCCUAUCGAGCAUUGCCCAACAGCAAUGCAGCUGCUAUCGUGAGUGCGAUGCCACUGGUUAACUCACAAACCUGCUUUGUUAGUGGCAAUUCGAACAUGAUACUCAAUCAUAUGAAUGACAACUUUGCAGUCGAAACGCCGGCUUACAGCGCAACGAAAUCGAUGAAGUCCAAGCUGAAGAUGGCGCUCAAUAUAAAACAGUCGCGCAGCAAGGAUCUAGAGAAGCGCAAACUAAGUCAAAAUUUGGAUAACUUUUCCCUGCGCUUGGGUCAAAGCAUCGAUACAGAGGCGCAGCGUAAAACAACUGAGAUGCUCACACAGCAGACGCAAGCCCAGCAGCUGCAAGAGAAGAAGGCACAGCAGCUAAAGCAGUCGAUGCACUCCACCAAUGAUGAGAAAUUGAGCAGCGAUAAUUCGCCGCCUUGUCUGUUGCCCGGCUGGGACAGCUGCGACGAAUCUCAGAGCCCGCCCAUUGAGAACGAUGAGUGGCUGGCAUUUUUGCAUCGCUCCAUACAGGAGCUGCUGGACGGUGAAUUUGACUCGCUGAAGCAGCAUAAUCUAGUCAGCAUCAUUGUGGCACCGCUUCGCAACUCAAAGGCCAUACCCAAGGUGCUGCAGAGCGUUGCGCAGCUGUUGUCACUUCCAUUUGUGCUGGCCGACCAGCAUUUGGUAGUGGAGGCCAUUAAGGGCGUUUACAUUGAUGUUAAGCUGGUGCCCAAUUUGAUGUAUGCUUGCAAGCUGCUGCUCUCGCAGCGCCAGUUAACCGACUCGGCUGCUUCGCUGCCGGCCACCACGGGCGUCUCUCUAAGCCGCACCCUUCGCAGUGUCUCCGACCUAAGUGCCGAGGAGAUGAAUACUGCUUGCAGCUUGUACGAGCUGGUCUGUCAUCUAGUCCAUCAGCAACAGCAGUUUCUCAGCCAAUUCUGCGACGCAGUGGCAAUACUCGCUGUCAACGACAUGUUUAUUAACUUUCUCACACACGAUUUUAAAGACAGCAGCGCGGUGCGUUUGGCUAGCUGCAUGCUGGCCUUGUUCUGUUGCGUUCUGCGCGAGUUGCCCGAGAACGCCGAGCUGGUGGAGAAGAUUGUAUUCGAUUCGCGCCUACAGCUGGUCCUACUUUUGCAGAGUCGCCAUCAGUUGUUGCGGCAACGCGCUUGCCAGAUGCUGUUGCUGUUGGCGCGCUUUAGUCUGCGCGGCGUGCAGUGCAUUUGGAGUGGGGAGCUGAAGAGCGCCUUGCAGGCGCUGGCCGAGCAGCAGACCUGCCAAUCACUGCGACUGGAAGCCGCCCAAACACUCGAGGAGCUUAGUCAGUUCAGCUUCUUUGUUGCCCAGGCAACUGCUUAG